AUGAACACGCAGUUCAACCCCCUCAACCGCGCGGGGGCCUUCCGCCCCUUUCCGCAGAUGUUCACACGCGCCUUCUCGGCCACGGCUACCGCGGAGAAGAAGCACUCGAAGCGCCGCCUGCAGCACAUGCUCCGAAACGUCCCCGAGUACCCAUACCCGAUCAAGCACACCUUCAAGCAGUCAUGGUUCGGUCUCUACGGCGGAAAGCACAUCCAGUUCGGAAACAACGUUCCCGAGUCAAACUACACUACCCGCCGAAGAUGGCUGCCGAAUGUGCGCCAUAGGACAGUCUUCUCAAGGGCCCUCAACCAGUACUUCUCGCUGGAUAUCACCACAAAUGUCCUUCGCACCAUUGAUAAAGCUGGCGGCCUCGACGCAUACCUUACCGGCACCAAGGCAGCGCGCAUCAAGUCUCUCGGCCCCACCGGGUGGCGUCUGCGAUGGCGCGUCAUGAACUCACCACGGUACCAGAAGCAGCUUGCGGAGGAGCGAGAAGCACUAGGACUGCCGCCUCUUGCGAUGCCGCAGAAGAGCGCACUUGACCCAGAGGAGGCCGAGAUGCUGGCCCUGAGCGAGGGGCAUGACAUCGAGGGUAUCGACAAAGAGGAGUACGAGGCCAUGAUGCGGGAUCAGGAGGCUGCGCAGGAGCAGCUGAAGCCGAAGGAGAAGACGGCGGCACAGCUCAUGAUUGAGAAGAUUGAGAGGGAGAGGGGACUUAAGAAGGAUGUGGAGGCAUAG